AUGAUAACAAGGUACUCUCAUAGAAUGAGAUUUUACGAGAGCGUAGAUGAACUCCUCCUAUGGGUCGAGACGUCCAGCACUCUGAAGCGUGUUGCCUCGCGACCUCAAUAUUCGGCACUAAUCCACUCGUCUCUCGCUUCGCAGAUGAGUGGUGAAGGUGAUCUGAGCUCAUUGGAGUCUACCCACGCAAGAAGUGAACCCAGCAACGAGGCAGCUGCUUCACCCACGAUAUCGCCGACAUUAUCGUCAACUUUGCUCGAGGACACCACCCCAGAGCAAAUAACCUACCAGCCAGACGUCUACUCUUACCCUCUCAUGAUCUACGACCGUCUUGUUGAUGCGCCGACCCCUCAGACGGCCGUCCCGUGCGACUCCACAUUUUACGUUCCCUUCAGCACCAUGGGAAGCGGCGAGUUCGAGUUGCCGGACAUCCCGCUCUCCGUCCCGUUCGCGUUAUUCAACGGCCACAAUGUGCAGGAUAAGGCUGCAAAGAAGCAGCAGAAUGAGAGUCAGAGGAGGUGGUGGGAUUGCAUAUGGGGACGCCAGCAUGUUCUUAGGCAAACACUUGCGGACAAACCCCAGAAAUACACACCACUAACAUCAGGUUCCUCCAUCGGCACGAAUUCAAUCACAGAAGGAGCACCGACGACAGCAGCAACGUCCGCAACACCAGAGCGCGCAGAAAACACGCCUAUUCGUCUACGCAAGUUAAUGCCAGCUACGAAAAGACAACAACCACCCUCGCCCUCCCUACCACCGUGGCAAUCCCCUACGCCCACCAGAAACACUACACUUGUUACGCACAAUCAAGGUCAACGCAACAGCAGCAGCGCUACGUUCAGUUCACCCGCAAAUCGAUUCCUCCCCUACCCACUCCAACCCCGCUUAAGCUCCGAAUACCUUGCCGCCCACGGCGCCUUCUUCUCGAAGCCUCUGCCCACACCACCGCUACCUCAGUCCUCUGCGCACCUCUCACCGUACCCGAGCCGCUCUGCCUCACCUGGGUCCGAUCUCGACGCCCUCGAAGCACAGAGCGACAGCGUCGUCGAGCCUCGGCGCUCGCGCAGCGUACGCAGCGUGAUGCAUAUUGCUGAUGGAGUGGACAGGACGGGUGAAAAGCUUUGGAUAGGAAGGUGGAUUGGUGCUGUAGAAGAGGGGGUGAACAAGGCUGUCGAUGCGGUAGUGAGGUGGACGGAGGAUGAGGGUGCUGAGGAGGGCUUGCUGUUGCCCGCUUGGGAGGCGGGAGGUUCGAGAAGUUACGGUUUUUAUUCUCGCUGCUCGGGAAGGGCUGCCUGACCUGCUGGAUC